CUCGACCGCUUCUACAACGCAGAUAUUGCUGUUGUGGAGAUGAGUGAUGCCUUCCGGCAACCAUCCUUAUUUUACCACCUUGGAGUGAGAGAAAGUUUCAGCAUGGCCAACAACAUCAUCCUCUACUGUGAUACUAAUGCAGAGUCUUUGCAGUCGCUGAAGGAAAUCAUUUGUCAGAAGAACACUAUGUGCACUGGGAACUACACAUUCGUUCCUUACAUGGUGACACCACACAGCAAGGUAUACUGUUGUGACAGCAGCUUCAUGAAAGGCUUGACAGAGCUUAUGCAGCCCAACUUUGAACUUCUGCUGGGACCUAUAUGCUUACCUCUUGUGGAUCGUUUCAUUCAGCUUUUGAAGGUGGCACAAGCAAGUUCCAGCCAGUAUUUCCAAGAAUCUAUACUCAGUGAUAUUAGGAAAGCUCGUAAUUUAUACACUGGCAAAGAAUUGGCAGCUGAACUGGCAAGAAUUCGGCAACGAGUAGAUAAUAUUGAAGCCUUAACAUCAGAUAUUGUCAUAAAUCUAUUACUUUCAUACAGAGAUAUACAGGACUAUGAUUCUAUUGUAAAUCUGGUCGAGACUUUGGAAAAGCUGCCAACCUUUGAUUUGGCCUCCCAUCACCAUGUGAAGUUUCAUUAUGCAUUUGCACUGAAUAGGAGAAAUCUCCCUGGAGAUAGAUCAAAAGCCCUUAAUGUUAUGCUUCCCUUGGUGGAGAAUGAAGGGCAAGUUGCUUCAGAUAUGUAUUGCUUAGUUGGUCGUAUCUACAAAGAUAAAUUUUUGGACUCUAACUUUUUGGAUACUGAAAGUAGAGACCAUGGAGCUUCUUGGUUCAAAAAGGCAUUUGAAUCUGAACCAACCCUACAGUCAGGAAUAAACUAUGCAGUCCUCCUCCUAGCAGCUGGGCACCAAUUUGAGUCUUCUUUUGAGCUCCGGAAAGUUGGAGUAAAGAUUAGCAGCCUUCUUGGGAAAAAGGGAAAUUUGGAAAAUCUCCAAAGCUACUGGGAAGUUGGAUUUUUUCUGGGGGCUAGUGUCUUGGCCAAUGACCACAUGAGAGUCAUUCAGGCAUCUGAGAAACUCUUCAAACUAAAGACACCUGCAUGGUACCUCAAGUCUAUUGUAGAGACAAUUUUGAUAUAUAAACAUUUUGUGAAAUUAACUACCGAGCAGCCUGUGGCAAAGCAGGAACUUGUGGACUUCUGGAUGGAUUUCCUGGUAGAGGCCACAAAAACAGAUGUGACUGUAGUUAGGUUUCCAGUAUUAAUAUUAGAACCAACCAAAAUAUAUCAACCUUCAUACUUGUCAAUCAACAAUGAAGUUGAGGAAAAAACAAUAUCUAUUUGGCAUGUACUCCCGGAUGACAAGAAAGGUAUACAUGAGUGGAAUUUUAGUGCAGCUUCUGUCAGGGGAGUGAGUAUUUCUAAAUUUGAAGAACGAUGCUGCUUUCUUUAUGUGCUUCACAAUUCUGAUGACUUUCAAAUUUAUUUCUGUACAGAACUUCAUUGUAAAAGGUUCUUUGAGAUGGUGAAUACUAUCACUGAAGAGAAGGGAAGAAGUACAGAAGAGGGGGAUACUGAGGCUGAUUCCCUUGAGUAUGACUACGAAUACGAUGAAAAUGGUGACAGAGUUGUUUUAGGAAAAGGCACUUAUGGAAUUGUCUAUGCUGGUCGAGACUUGAGCAACCAAGUUAGAAUUGCUAUUAAAGAAAUUCCCGAGAGAGACAGCAGAUAUUCCCAGCCUCUACAUGAAGAAAUAGCAUUGCAUAAGCAUCUGAAGCACAAAAAUAUUGUCCAGUAUCUGGGCUCUUUCAGUGAAAAUGGUUUCAUUAAAAUCUUCAUGGAGCAGGUCCCAGGAGGAAGUCUUUCUGCUCUUCUUCGUUCCAAAUGGGGCCCACUGAAAGACAAUGAACAAACCAUUGGCUUUUAUACAAAGCAAAUACUGGAAGGAUUAAAAUAUCUUCAUGACAAUCAGAUAGUUCACCGGGAUAUAAAGGGUGACAAUGUAUUGAUUAACACUUACAGUGGUGUUCUAAAGAUCUCAGACUUCGGAACAUCAAAGAGACUUGCUGGCAUAAAUCCUUGUACUGAAACGUUUACAGGUACACUUCAGUAUAUGGCACCAGAAAUAAUAGAUAAAGGACCGAGAGGCUAUGGGAAACCUGCGGACAUUUGGUCUUUGGGUUGCACCAUCAUUGAAAUGGCCACAGGAAAACCACCAUUUUACGAACUUGGAGAACCACAAGCAGCUAUGUUCAAGGUGGGGAUGUUUAAAGUCCACCCAGAGAUCCCAGAGUCCAUGUCAGCAGAGGCCAAGGCAUUCAUAUUGAAAUGUUUUGAACCAGACCCUGACAAGAGAACCUGUGCUAAUGACUUACUUAUUGAUGAAUUCUUAAAAGUGUCCAGCAAAAAGAAAAAGACACAGCCUAAGCUUUCAGUUCUUUCAGCUGGAUCAAAUGAGUAUCUCAGGAGCAUUUCCUUGCCAGUACCUGUUCUAGUAGAAGAUACAAGCAGCAGCAGUGAGUAUGGCUCUGUUUCCCCUGACACGGAGCUCAAAGUGGACCCUUUCUCCUUCAAAACAAGAGCCAAGUCCUGUGGAGAAAAAGAUGUCAAAGGAAUACGGACACUCUUUUUGGGCAUUCCAGAUGAGAAUUUUGAAGAUCAUAGUGCUCCACCUUCCCCUGAAGAAAAAGAUUCUGGAUUCUUUAUGCUGAGGAAGGACAGUGAACGACGGGCCACCCUCCAUAGGAUUCUGACAGAAGACCAAGACAAGGUCGUGAGAAACCUAAUGGAAUCUUUGGUACAGGGUGCUGAAGAGCCGAAACUAAAAUGGGAGCACAUCACAACCCUCAUCGCAAGCCUCAGAGAAUUUGUGAGAUCUACUGACAGAAAAAUCAUAGCUACGACACUGUCAAAACUGAAGCUAGAGCUCGACUUUGACAGCCAUGGCAUUAGUCAGGUCCAGGUGGUGCUCUUUGGUUUUCAGGAUGCUGUCAAUAAAGUUCUUCGGAAUCAUAAUAUCAAGCCACACUGGAUGUUUGCUUUAGACAGUAUCAUCAGAAAAGCGGUGCAGACAGCUAUCACCAUUCUGGUGCCAGAAUUGAGACCACAUUUUAGCCUUGCCUCUGAGAGUGAUACUGCUGAUCAAGAAGAUUUGGAUAUAGAAGAUGACCAUGAGGAACAACAUUCAAAUCAUAAUUUGCGACGACCCCAUGCUGUUGCUGCAGCUGCGGUCCCAGCUAUCAUUGAGGAUACUGUGGCUACUUCAGGGGUGAGCACGCUUAGUUCCACUGUGUCCCAUGAUUCCCAGAGUACUCACCGAACACUUACUCUGCAGCUGGGAAGGAUGAAGAUUGAAACUAAUAGAUUACUGGAAGAAUUGGUUCAGAAAGAGAAAGAAUUACAGGCACUCCUUCACAGAGCAAUUGAGGAAAAAGAACAAGAAAUUAAGCACCUGAAGCUUAAGUCCCAACCAAUAGAUAUUCCUGGGUUACCCAGCCUAAGUUUCCCUGGCACAAAUAUUGAAGAUUCUGAACUUACUGAUUGGCUGAAAGAAAAUGGAGCUGAUGAUUACACUAUACGUCAGUUUGUGACUGAGCGCUAUUCACUGGAAGAUAUUCUUUGCUAUGUCACACGGGAGGAUCUAAAAUGCCUGAAACUAAGGGGAGGAAUGCUCUGUGCAUUGUGGAAGGCCAUCACUGACUUUCGACACAAAAAUAUGUGAAUGUCACUUAAUUUGUUUCCAAGCUUGUGUGAAGACUCUACAAAUGAAUCCAGAAUUGAUCUUAGGGGCGAGAAAAUCAAAGGGAGAGAGAAAGAAGCUGCACUUUAACUCCAGUAUUUGUUUACUCGUGUUAAAAAAUACACUGAAAUUUCCUAACUGCUUCUAUUUCUAUCAUUCAUAAGGACUCUUCCUAUGAACGCUUCCAAUAAUCCUACACAUUGGUUAUUACGUGUUAAGAAUUAUUUUUGUCCAAACAUUUUUAUGGAAAUAUUUUAAAAUCAGCAGCGAUUUGCACUUCAACCAAAUGUUUAUUUCACACAAAAAGAGGUAACAUUUCAUGUGAUUGUGCAUCACUGGAACAAAACCAAAAUGUGACCAGAAUUGUUUUAGGUUUAUCUGUGCUUGUAAUGUGCCCUGACAAUCUAAGUAAAAAUGCAUAGUUUUGAUUAUUAUGUAAUUUAUGUCACUUGU